AUUCGGCUGUAUACCUUUUAUUUCUACAAUAGCCGGAAGUGUUUUGCUGUCACUUCGUGUAACUUGUUUUCCGUACUUGUCAUCAGCUAUCCCAGGAAUUCAACACUACAUGCUACUAACUAGUUCGUCACAAUAAGGACCUUUUGUCUAAAGCACAUUACUCGUUACCGAUACAGUAUCUUAAGUUGGCAACAGUAGAACACUCUGGGAAAGGUGCAAUUGGGUACGCUGAUGCUCUGAAUGCCUCAUCACCGACAGUGCACUCAUGUCAGCAAUUUCUAAACGUGAGAUUGGUCUUUAAGGAGACCCCCACCCGGCCUCCAAGAGCCUCGCUGCGUCCUUGACCUGUGUCACAUCCUUUUCAUCCUCCUCGUUGUCUUCGUACAUGCUUUCACAUGAAGAGAGGAGAGAAACCAGAGGGUUACAGGCAGAUGAGACCCAAAACGUUCCCCGCCAGCAACUAUAGCGGCAACAGCCAACACAUGCUGCAGGAAAUCCGGAACAGUUUGCGUAAUCUGUCCAAGCCCUCCGACCCACCGAAGGUGGACAUUGGUGGGAAAAUGCUCCCAGAGGACCUCAGGCAACAGGGGCGUUGCUUUAACCCCAAGAACCCUCAUCAUAAGGCCUUGCAGGAGAUCCGAGAGUCCCUGAUGCCUUUUGCCAAUGAGCCCAGCACAUCAGCAGAACUCAACAAACACAUGUCAAUGGAGGCUCCAUUUGCUGGGUUUGAAGAGGCUACUGGUCGCAGUGUGGGGACGACUGUUGACUACAUGGCAAAGGUGACCUACCAGGACUCUGUGAGGGAACAGAUGGUUGUCGCCAGUCCAAGCGCCACAUGCCUCAAAGUCCCAGGCACUACUCACAUGCAGCAGUCCCUACUCAGGACACCCAGCUGGAAAGGCUCUAAAGAGUCCCUGGCACCUCGACACGCAAUGAUGUUCUGCGCCGACAGUCCAGGGCCCCCUCCAGCUUUCCCACAGGGACACCCUGGCAACAGCCAGAGAGUCAAUCCUCCCUUACCACCUCAGGUGCGUAGCGUCACGCCUCCUCCGAACCGUGGGUCGAUGCCUCCGGCGUCUUCCUGGGACAGCAACCCAUCGACCAAGCGCUACUCCGGCAACAUGGAUUACCUUGUGUCUCGCAUUUCUCCGGUACCUCAGGGGGCCUGGGCUGACAACUAUCCAACCGCGUCACCUCAGAACCAGCGCGGGCUCAGCCCAGUGCCGGUGGGCCACCAGCCUAUCAUCAUGCAAAGCUCUGGAGGAAAUAAGUUCAACUUCCCGUCGGGCUGGACUCAGAAUGGCUCAUCUCAGGCAGAUUACAUGGCAGGGGGCAGCAGGCAGCCUCCUCCCCCCUACCCGAUCAACCAGAGCAGCCGACACAGUCCCACUGACCAGCAGAUGCAGGCGGGGGGACCCGCUUCUUCUCCUCCAUUGUACAUUAAUGGCAAUAUUCCUCAAUCCAUGAUGAUUCCCAAUCGAAACAGUCUCAACCUCGACAUGUACAACAUAGGGCCUCCCCAUUCGUGGUCUCAAGGCCCCCUCACCCCCAACCAGCCCCAGUCUUCAUCAGGAAGUAGUAGCAACCAGGACCUGUCUCCAUCAUGGCAGCAUGGCAUGCUGGUGCGCUCCAAUUCCUUCAACAGCAGAGCUGGGCACCCUCCCAGCUCCCAGCCGUCUGCCACCACGGUCACCGCCAUUACACAAGCACCCAUCCUGCAGCCCGUUAAAAGCAUGAGAGUCCAGAAACCUGAACUGCACACCGCCGUUGCCCCCACACACCCACCCUGGAUGCAACAGUCCACUCCCGCUGCCCCUGCUUACGCAGAGCCCCCAGCCUCCGUUCCUCAGAUUCCUGUCGUAGCAGAGGUACCCAGCUACCAGGGCCCCCCUCCACCUUACCCCAAGCACCUCCUCCAACAACAAACUGCGCCGUCUCCGCCGGCAUAUGACCAAGGCGCCAGUAAGCGCGUCGCCAGCAGGGAGGAACCCACGGAAGACGAGGGCGCUCUUGGGGACAACGGCCCGCUCGAGAAAGUGGCAGAAAAUCCAGAAAGCAACGGGCCGACCGAAAAGGAGAAGAAGCAGAUUACGACAUCGCCCGUACCCGUGCGUCGCAACAAGAAGGAUGAGGAGCGCAGGGGAGAGUCGGGCCGCGUGGCCUUGUAUUCCCCCCAGGCCUUUAAGUUCUUUAUGGAACAACAUGUGGAGAACAUCCUGAAAAACCAUCAGCAGCGUAUCCGGAGGAGGAAACAGCUGGAGAGUGAGAUGCAGAGGGUGGGGUUGUCGUCAGACGCCCAGGAGCAGAUGCGCAUGAUGCUCUGCCAGAAAGAGUCCAACUACAUCCGGCUAAAGCGUGCCAAGAUGGACAAGUGUAUGUUCAAACGAAUCAAGAUCCUUGGCAUCGGGGCCUUUGGCGAGGUGUGCUUGGCCAGGAAAGAGGACACCGGAGCGCUUUAUGCCAUGAAGACCCUCAGGAAGAAGGACGUGCUGCUCAGGAACCAGGUGGCUCACGUCAAGGCCGAGAGGGACAUCCUGGCCGAAGCCGACAACGAGUGGGUGGUGCGGCUCUACUAUUCUUUCCAGGACAGGGACAACCUAUACUUCGUCAUGGAGUACAUCCCCGGAGGGGACAUGAUGAGCCUUCUUAUCCGACUGGGAAUCUUCAAGGAGGAGCUGGCUCAGUUCUACAUCGCCGAGCUUACUUGCGCCGUGGAGAGUGUCCACAAAAUGGGCUUCAUCCACCGCGACAUCAAGCCGGACAACAUCCUCAUUGACGGAGACGGGCACAUUAAGCUCACCGACUUUGGCCUCUGCACUGGAUUCCGCUGGACUCAUGACUCCAAGUAUUACCAGAGUGGGGACCACGUGAGGCAGGACAGCAUGGACUUCAGUAAGGAAUGGGAGGAUCCGGCCAACUGCCGCUGCACGGACCGUCUGAAGCCUCUGGAGAGGAGAAAGGCCAGACAGCACCAGCGCUGCUUGGCCCACUCGCUGGUGGGGACCCCCAACUACAUCGCACCCGAAGUUCUGCUCAGGACAGGGUACACCCAACUAUGCGAUUGGUGGAGCGUGGGCGUGAUUUUGUACGAGAUGGUGGUCGGACAGCCUCCCUUCUUAGCGACCACACCGCUAGAGACCCAACUAAAGGUUAUCAACUGGAAGAGUACCUUGCACAUCCCCCCACCAGCCAAACUAAGCCCAGAGGCCUCUGACCUCAUUGUGAAGCUGUGCCGCGGCCCCGAGGACCGCCUCGGCAGGAACGGUGCCGACGAAAUCAAAGCCCACCCUUUCUUCAAGACCAUCGACUUCUCCAACGAUUUGCGGCAGCAGGCUGCGCCGCACGUCCCGAGCAUCGCCCACUCCACGGACACGUCCAACUUUGACCCCGUGGACCCCGAGAAGCUGUGGAGCGGCGACGGGGACGGCGAGGACGACCUCGGCGACACGGGCUGCUGGUUCCGCAACGGCAAGCACCCCGAGCACGCCUUCUACGAGUUCACCUUCCGCCGCUUCUUCGACGACAACGGGCACCCCUACAGCUGCCCCAAGCCCAUCGAGUACGAGGGCCUCGACGAGGACGAGGCGGACUCCGAGGGCCCCGAGCGGGAGGCCCCAGGUGGCCCGCCGGCUCAGGCCCGAGACCUUGUCUACGUGUAGCGUUUCCGGACCUCGUCGAGAUACUUUGUGUUUGACAGGUACUGUGGCAAGACGGUGUGUUUGUGUAUUGGAACUGCUCACAUUUGCGCCCCCAGCCCUCGCAGCAUCCAAUGACCUUGCCUGACUUCUUUUUACUUGACGAUUCAAACACUUGUUAACUGCACAAUGGGACCUUUGAUUAGUAGUCAAGUUUUGAACUUUAACCGUUAUCAAAAAAAAGUGGGAUAUCGGGCUUUGGAGUAAAAUUUCAGGAUGAACGCGCCAUAGUGAAGCUAUUUGCUGGUCCUGCCACAAUUAGCCGACAUCUGCAAGUAAUUGACCCCCCCCACACACACACACACACACAAGAUGGUGGUAUGUCAUAUUUUUUUGCCCAAAUCAACCUCUUUACAUCAUUUGAACAUAGUUCCUCAACAAGAUCCCACAAGAUGGUGGAAACACAAUUUUGUGUUUCGGGCUGAGCACCAAAACAGCAAAUAAUGGACGUUGGGUUCCAAAAAAUGUCAAUGCUAAAACGGCACGUGUGGGAAUUGACCUCUGAAUGUUUGCAUGGCCUUUUGUUCAGUGUUUAAUACUUUUUGCCUCGAUUGUCACUGUUCUCUAUUGUGACUGGUGUAAGUUUUGCCAUUUAAGUUCUUGUUAGAGAACAGCAAGUUGUGCAAAAAGUAUUGCACAGGUCCAAAUUGACUUGGUUUAGUACAUUUUGUGUUCUUUCUGAAAUUUCGCCAGAUGGGACACGAUCCCUAAUGUUUUGUGCGUCGUGCGGUUUUUACGAUUAGAACUUUUUCUAACGGAAUCAUGCCGGUCGGCCAUCAGCGGGUCAAUUGAACGCCCGUCCCAACUCGAUUUGGGACAAAUUGCCCUCAAGCUAUUUUCAUCGGCUCCUGGAAGUGCUUAAUUUAUGAAAGAAAUCCUAACGGACGCCGUUCACUUUUAAAUGUGGGUACUUUGACUUUAUUAAUAAUUUAUGUCGUGACCGGGACUUUAGUGAGAUUACUCGUAGGUAAUUAUCAAUUGCUCCAUUUCUUCAUUGAGGUGCCUUUUUAUUUUUCACCAAAUAUACAGUUAAUUAAUGAUCAGACUGCCAUUAAAUGUGUAUGUAGAAGUAGACCAUUGAUUGAAAACUACAUUAGCUUUGUUUUAUUUUUCUAAUUUAUACCCAUAUUUAUAAAUGAUCUUGUACACAAUUGAUGUAAAUAUUUCUUUUCCACCGCUGAUUUUGGCCUCCCUAAGGGCGGGCCCUUUUCAGUGUCCACUGCUGCUGCCUUCUACUAGUUCGACUUAAUGCUCACGAGUCAUCCAAAGCACGAAAUGUGUUCAGUCAUGAGACAUUGAGAGAAAACGUUUUCACGUCUUGUCAAGGAAACGCAUCAGUAAAGUAGACUGAUGAUUCCAUAACCCUCCCUCUGUACACUUUGUGCAAAGCAAUGAGCUCUGAAUGUAGUUUUUAGGCUUAUCGGUGACCGUUGGCCUCCUGCACUGGCUUUGUGUUGUCACAUGAGAAUCAUUUUUUUUUCUUGUGUGUAUACUGUUGCUCUGGAGAGGAUACGUGUUGGGGAAGAGGGUAAUUAAUAAAGAAUGUCAAGAACGAAA